AUGGCACAUAGAUCAGUCUCCGACCCGUCGAGGGAGCCAUCUGCUCCCCGACUAAACGUCGACACCGAAAAGUACUCCUACGACCAUGAUGAAGAAUACGGCUCCCACUCAGAAAUCUCCUACUCCACUUCUGCCUCAGACUCUUCAUCCUCCAGACCUUUCCUCUCACAGACAAAAUACAGAAGGAGGUCGAGAGUUCAGCUCUACAGAGUCCCCAAUUCCAUCAUGAGAUGGGUAUGUUUGGGCGUGUUUGCCGGGCUGGUCCUUUUUGUCUUCACCCUGUUCAGAGUAACGCUGUCCCAGGCCAUAUUCAAGAUUCCAGCUCCUCCGCCACCAAAUAUAUUCAAACCACAGCCGCCUGAAUGGGAGAAUUUCCCGUUCUUGCAACGGUAUUAUGGAGGGAUUAGGACUUUGAUGCCAAAGAACGAAAGCGUUCCUGAAUACCCCGGCGAGGAUAGAGGGGAGGCUGCCUCUACAGCCGAUGAGCAAGUUGAUCCGGAAAGGGUGGUUAAAAGUUCACCGUUCAACCCUUAUCCUGGUUACACGUCCAAGCCCUAUGUUGAAAAGUAUGGGAAGAAGGUAGAUUGCUUUGUGGAUGUCGAUAGAAAAGUCUCUAUUCCUCUGGUCCAUCGGUACAGUGGAAUUCCAAGAGGGUUUCCGGAUAAUGCCAUGGGGUCCAAUGAGAUGCUUGGACUCGAUACUGAUGUAUGUUAUGAUCGGUUCGGCAGACUCGGGCCCUACGGUCUGGGGUAUGGAGUUAGAUCGGGUGGUAGCGGCGCCGGACUAGAGGGUGAUCGGUCUGGGGUAGACCAGAUGUGGGAGCAUGUUUCUCCGGUCGACUAUCGAAAGGUCGACUGGGCCAAAGCCCAAAAACAGUGUCUCUAUGACAACCGUCAUCGGUUCCCUGCCCCUCCACCCUCGAAGACGGAUAGGUUUCUAGGCAUGACCGUCGGAGAGAAAGCUCCACGGGGCGCAGAGGCUACUGCUACAGAUGGAUCUAAAAACUCUAGCACCCCUACCACUACGAAACUUCCUCGAACUGCGUUUAUCAUACGAACCUGGUCAGACUUCCAUUACGACACAGAGGCCAUCUUGUACCUGCGCUCGCUCAUCGCAGAACUAUCACUCUUCUCUGGAGGAGAAUAUGAUGUUCAAUUCUUGAUCCACGUCAAGGAUGACAACCUGCAGAUUUGGUCUGAUGAAGACACCUACAAUCGUGUUUUGCGAGAGUCAUUGCCGGACGAGUUUCAUGGCAUGGGCACACUAUGGUCCGAGAGACAGAUGGGCCUCAUAUACGGUGGCCUUGAAGAGACGUUUAUGAGAAAUCUUCCCGUUCAUGGGGUAUACCGUAGCACAUUUAUGCCCGUUCAAUAUUUCGCUCAUCAACAUCCUGAAUACGACUAUUUCUGGAACUGGGAGAUGGAUGCUCGCUACACAGGCCACUGGUAUGACCUGUUUAACAAGAUGCGUCUGUGGGCGAGGGAACAGCCUAGAAAAGGUCUGUGGGAACGGAACAGUCGAUUCUACGUUCCUUCUGUGCAUGGGUCAUGGGAAGACUUCCGCCAUACAGUCAGAGUACAGACUGAACAUGGAACAAAUAGCCCGAAUAACAUGUUUAGUGCACCGUCGAAGGAUAGACCAAAUGGCCAUCGACCGACGGAAAGACAAGGCGAUAAACCUAUCUGGGGCCCUGAACGACCGCCGUCACAAGAGGAUGUGCUUGAACUAGAAGAUGAUGGCAUCCCACCUACCACAUAUGAGAAAGAUAAAUUCGAGUGGGGCGUUGGCGAAGAAGCUGACUUAAUUGUCCUCAACCCCCUGUACGAUCCUGAUGGCACGACAUGGCUUCUCAAGGACGAUAUAACAGGAUACAACAAGUCAGAAGACGCACCGCCCCGACGAGCAGCUAUCAUAGCCACUUCCCGUCUAUCCCGCAAACUUCUGCUUACAAUGCACAAGGAAACAAGUCUGAAACGACACCAUAUGUUUUCUGAAAUGUGGCCACCAACUGUUGCCCUUCACCACGGCUACAAGGCCGUCUACGUGCCGCACUCUGUCUACAUUGACCGUCAAUGGCCGACGACAUACCUUGAAUCAGUGUUCAAUGCAGGCCGCAACGGUGCAACAGGCGGCGCCAGAACAUCCGUAUUCGGUAACCGUGAACAUAACUUCAGAGGAACCACAUGGUAUUACUCUGCUGGCCACCCAGAGAAUGUCUGGCGACGAUGGCUGGGCUACAAAUCUAAUAAUGAUGGAGGGGAAGAAUACGAACUCGCGAAUGAAGGGAGGAUGUGUUUGCCUCCUAUGCUCCUACAUCCUAUUAAGGAGGUGAAUAUGGUUAUUGAUAACGCUGGGAGAUCAUGA